GCAAGCAACUGCGAGGCCAAAAGCACCGACGCAAACCGAGUCACAGUUGUCAUAAAUAUCACGCAAAAAAUUAUGCUCAUUAAAUAAAAAACAAUCGAUCUCCCGGCCGAGUGUUUACUGUGUUGUUGAUUACACAUAAGUUGACCGGAGCAGCGUGAAACGACAUCGGCGUAUAAUAUAAAAAACAAACCCCAAGAAGCAUUGAACCGUACUUCAGUGUACAGAGAGUGCAGGGUGAAAAAAGACUUGGACGAGAGUUCGAAAAGGAACGACGAGACAUCGCCUGGAUAUCGACUCGCACACCUGGAUAUCCCAAGGAACCACGUCGUUUUGGUAAACCCGGGAUUACCCGACUGGCACAAAUCGCUACCAACGAUUGUUGUUCAUCCGGCAUCUUCGCCAACGGCAAUGGAGGAAUCGACGAGGCUGACGAACGCGAGGAGUCGAGUUUCCCGAAAGCACAACCGGCGCUCGGAAUUCGUCGACGAAUACAGCACGGACAGCGGAUGCAGCAACAGCGGAAGCAUCGGAAGCGGUGAGCGUAUUUGCGGAGGCGGAAGAUCACCGCGUCGUCACAAUUACCUGGAGCUACGCGGCCAUUCCGCAACGUCCUACUCGCAGGAGCGGCUGCCCCGCAGUUUCGGAAGCUGCAACAGGGACAGGCACAGCAGUAAAUCAUCGAGAUCCUGGAGCCCGAGUGACGGCCGAAAUUCCACCGACUACGAUCAGUCGUCACCGCACUCAUCGAAUUCCUCCGACGAUCGCAGGAGCGACAGCGAUUCGACGACGAAGCGAUCCUCGACCACCGACACACUCCGCAGGGCCUUCCGGACCCUCAAGAUAUCGUGGCGCGAAACGGAGGAGAAAAAACACGCGAAAAAAUCACGAAAGAGCAUACUGAGAAGCCCGGUUUCCUACACCUACGUGCGGGGCCUUUCCGGACUCCCGACUCACCGUGUGCCCAGAAACUCAACACCGAAGAGAAUACUGCCGUGCGUAUGUCAAAAGAUUAUCGGAUUGAACCGGUAGUAAGUUUGGUUGAUAUUGGAAAAAUUUUUUAUUCGAUACGCAGGUAUCAAUGACUUUGAAAAUGAGAUUUUUUCCAAUCCGGUAAAUCGUAUACAUGAUACUUCGCGUGUAUGCGCAUCGUUGGAGUAACGAAAUUCUGAGUACAACAAGGAAUAUUUUCUUACUUCGUUGAAAAGAAAACUUGGGAAAACAAACGAUAAAUAUCAAGAGUGGAGAAAGAAGGGAAAAAAAAGAAAAAAAAGACAGUUGAAAAAACAUGAAAAUAUUUGCGAGAUGUAGGUUAGAUGCUGGGAUCAAAAUAUCACUCGAUUUAGGUAGGCGUAUUAACGUGAGCACAUCACAAGGGUAUAUAUAAAUGCACACACAGAAAUGUAUAAUUAUAUAAUAUCGUAUACGAAUUAUAGUUGCAUUAGAUAAAGUACGAGCCGUUUUACCCGUAGGGUAAAUAAUUUGGCAGUAUGUAUACCUAACUGAUUAACGGGGCUAUCGACUUAAGUAGCAAUUCUCGGGAGGAUCUGUAUUCGUGGCAUUUAACGUUACAACUUACUAUCGAAAAAGUGUAUGAAAGUAGCCCGUAUUGACCUAACGUCUUUGGGUGGGUGGGGGUCGAAACUUAGACGGGUCGGUAUUUCGAAUAGCCGAUACAUCGAAACUUCAAACAAGUGAAAAUAAAAUAACGUAAAUCAGUAUUUCGAACUGUUAAUCUUUCGUUAUUUUAUUUUCGCAUGUUUGAAAUUUCGGAACAUCGGCCGUUUGAAAUGUUGACCCUUCUAAGUUUUGACCCCCACCUAUGUCCUUCUUUGACUAUAUUCUGUAUUAGUCCGAAUGAAAUACGUGCCAAUGAAGUCGUGGAAUAGGGAAAUAUUAAGCAUACGUAUAGGUAUAUGCACAAUACACAUGGGCAGAGGUAUUCAGCGAGGAGGCGAGAAACAAAUGGAAUGCACGAGGUUUGAAAAUUUAGCUAAUUCAGUCUGCCGUAAACGUCAAUUAACGCGUAUGUACACACAUGAACAUGUAAUACGAGUAAAUGAGUCUCUUUGAAAUUAUACAAAGAAAAAGGAGAGAUAGUCAAGAGAGACCAGAGGUGAGAGAGAUGAAAAGAAUUAAAAAAACAUACAAACAUAUAUCAUUAUAUACUAAUUGUAUGAGCAUGAGUGGUGAUAAUCGUAUAUAAAUCUAAAUAUAACGUAUUGCUUGAUUAACUGCAUAUAUGUAUAACGGGGCUUUAAAGCUCGAAUCUUUAACUUUAAGAAAAUUGUAUUUUUUUUUUACUUCAACUUUCGUUAAAAUUAAUAAUCUUAAUAUUAAUUUAGUCAAUGCGACUUAUAGAUGUAAUAAUUAUCGAUAGGUACAUAUAGGUGUAUGGUAUGUAUGUAUAUAUUUAUAAUGCCGAUCUCGAUCACUAAACGAUUAUGCUGACGUGAAAAACGUGCACCUCGUACGCCAAUCACAUUACAUGUAUUAUCCUUUAAACGUGUAACGACACAUC